AUGAUCCCGGGUCUUCGGGACCCGGCGCCGGACUUCAUCCGAAAACACACUCCCACCAGCCUCGCUUUCUGGUUUGGCAACCUCAUCAGCGCCUGGGCUCGCAGCGUCUACCACAGUGCAACCGAAGCUCCCUUCCGCAGCGACGACGGCUCCUACCACCCGUCGCCCAUCUACGGUGACGGCGAGCAGAUCGAAGCUAAGUACCUCAACCUCGCUAUCGCUAACGCCGAGUCCACCCAGGUUCUGGUCCGCUGGCGGCAGGGCGACUUCAUCCUGCUCGACAAAUACAAUUUUAUGCACUCGCGAUCACCGUAG